GUUGGAGAUUUCCAUCAUGGCGGCUUCCAUUUCGGGCUACACCUUCAGCGCUGUGUGUUUCCACAGCGCCAACAGCAACGCCGACCACGAAGGAUUUUUGCUGGGAGAGGUAAGACAAGAGGAAACCUUUAGCAUCAGCGACUCCCAAAUCAGCAGCACAGAACUUCUGCAAGUCAUUGAAAUCCAUAAUCAUCAGCCUUGUUCAAAACUUUUUAGGACAGAAAGAGAAAAAAAGCAGGAGGAGAGAUGUUCAGAGGGAGAAAGCAAAGGACAGAGAGACUUAUGGAAGGCAAAGGUGAGGGAGAAGGUGGCCAGCAUCUCCCACAUCCCGGACCUCUGUUCCGCAAACCGCAGUCCAGGCCUCUGUCUGCUUUCUCAGCCCCAAACCCUUCCACCUGAUGACAGUUUUUAUGACUAUGCAAGCAAAGUUAAUGAAGAGAGCUUGGACAGGAUUCUUAAAGAUCGGAGAAAGAAAGUUAUUGGGUGGUACAGAUUCCGGCGAAACACACAGCAGCAGAUGUCGUACAGAGAGCAGGUUAUUCAUAAGCAGCUCACCCGCAUCCUUGGGGUGCCUGACCUCGUCUUCCUUCUCUUCAGCUUCAUCUCCACCGCCAACAAUUCCACUCAUGCUUUAGAAUACGUUCUCUUUAGACCAAAUCGAAGGUAUAAUCAAAGGCUAUCCCUUGCUAUUCCCAAUCUAGGCAACACUAGUCAGCAAGAGUAUAAAGUGUCUUCAGUGCCAAAUACUUCUCAGAGUUAUGCCAAAGUUAUUAAAGAACAUGGUACUGACUUUUUUGACAAGGAUGGAGUAAUGAAAGACAUCAGGGCGAUUUAUCAGGUUUAUAAUGCACUUCAGGAGAAAGUGCAGGCAGUGUGUGCAGACGUAGAAAAAAGUGAGCGAAUUGUUGAAUCUUGUCAGGCAGAAGUGAACAAAUUAAGAAGACAAAUCACUCAGAGGAAGAAUGAAAAGGAACAAGAAAGAAGAUUGCAACAGGCAAUGAUAAGCAGACAGAUGUCAUCUGAAAGUCUGGACCCCACGUUCAGCCCUCGGAUGCCCUAUCCUGGGUUUGCAGCUGAAGGUAGAAGUGCACUUGGAGACGCAGAGGCCUCGGAUCCUCCUCCCCCUUAUUCUGAUAUUCACCCAAAUAAUCAAGAAAGUACUCUGAGCCAUUCUCGCAUGGAAACUAGCGUCUUUAUGCCUCGACCUCAAGCCGUGGGCUCCUCCAAUUAUGCCUCCACUAGUGCUGGACUGAAAUAUCCUGGAAGUGGGGCAGAUCCUCCUCCUCCCCAAGGAGCAGCUGGAGACAGUGCUGAGGAAUCAGACGACAGUGAUUAUGAAAAUCUGAUUGACCCUACAGAGCACUCUAAUAGCGAAUACUCACAUUCGAGGGAUUCUCGACCCAUGAUGCAUCCCGACGGGGGCUCCAGGAACACUCCGACCUCCCCAAUUUAACUAAACGAAAGAAACUCUCCACUUAGCAGUGUUAAUUGCUUAUUGAGAGAGUUUUUUGAGGACUUAAUCUGGGGAGAGAACUUCUUUCUCAGACCCCUGGACUCCCCAGGGCAAGCGCUUUUGGGCACAGAACUUGUAAGAGCCUCACGUCCACGGGUCCUCGCCUGCGGACUCAGUGUGCAGGUUUCACGACAGAACCAUUAAGAUAAUCAAAUUGUCCUAAUUCUGGUGCGAUUCAUGGAUGUACUGGUAAAUAUAGGCAAAGAGAAACUUAGCAACGUAGUUUCUGUUCUUUAAAAUAAAUUGGAAAUUAGAGACUAAGCACAAUUAGUCUAUAAAUGUUCUAUAAAUCAAAACCUUACCUCUUGCACUAUCAUGCCUUGAAAUUUACUUUUUCAAAGGGAAACUAGUUUAGCAGCAGCCUUCAAAGAACCUUCUUUCUAUGAUGAGCCAAAUUCAUCUCUGCCAGAAAAGAAAUUCUGAUAAUUCCAAGAAGCCUGAUUGGAACAAAUCAGAUGUGUACCUUCUUUUGUCUGCAUGACUUUGUGAGAUCAAAAGAGAGGGCUUUGUUUCAACUUUUUUCUACUAGCCUGAUAUGUAUUGUCACUUAAAAUGGUUGCCUUUAAAAAAAAAUGUAGAAAUACUAAUUACCAGUAAGUAAUCAUCCAAAUAAGUAUGACAUGAAAUAAAUUACUUAUUUUUCUUUUGGGGAAUUACAGUGACUGCUAUGUUGCACUAGCCACAUUUAUGGUCUCUGUUCUAGAGUCUUAAAUGAAGGACACACAGCAGUAUAACAGAAGGGAGUUAUGUUCCAGACCUGAGUUUUAUGAUGAACAGAUUCCAGACACAGUGGAUUUAGCCAAGUUCAUACGUAAGGAAGAUAACUCGUUUAGAUCUUCUGAUAAAUCCUAGUGUUAGUUUUAUUUGUGGAAGAAAGACAUUUAAUAAACUGUUUGGGAAUCUCGAUUAUUGAAUAAAGAUUCAUUUUCAGUCUGAAUAACCGUACUUUUUUGAGUUGCCAUUUGGAAGAUAGCUGUGGAAUGUGUAGAGACUUUCCGUUGGGAUGCACUUACAUUUUUAUUUAAUAACUGCUUGUUUUCUAGUUUUAGGCCCAGAAUGUGUGAAACCACUAAAGACAUUCAUGAGAAUGAUAGGCUUCUGGUUUGGAAAUGACAAGACCCCCUCCCCCCCAUUUAUGGUGGGGUCAGCCCGUGAAGCUAAUGCCGUGGAUAAAAACUGCCUUUCCUUUGGACUAGUUAAAACCUGUCAGAAUAAGGAAGUUGUUAAAGAGGCUUAAGCUCCAGGUUCUGAAAAAGCAGUUUCAUUUUGUAGGAGAGAAGUUUACUCUAGUCUGACUGGAAACGAAAUGCUAAAACUGCCAUUCUUCAGAUAUCUACUGUAUGGGGUCUGUAUCUUCCUACUCUCCGGUUUUGUUGGCCUUAUACCACUGCCAUUUGAUCUGAAAUGUUGCAGACCACUUUAUCUGCAAAUGUGUUCCAGUGUUUAUCAGCUACCUUCUAGCGGCUUCAGCACCAGUGUGAAUUUAAUUUUUUUUUUUUGAAGUGCCAUCACCAUCUCUGUUCAGAUUUUGACAUUCAGGAAAAUAUUUUUAUUUUUAUGCCAUUCCGAAACCUACAAUGUAUAUCUGACAAAGCAGUUAAAUGUGACAAUAAAAACUUAUUUAAUCGUG